AGGGAGGGUAGGGGUUGAGCCAGACCGGACGUCUCUUUUUCGCAUCUUGGCUCUGAUAACGUCCAGCUCACGCGUAACGAGCCAUCAGACAUGCAAUCAGGUUGACAUAUAGAUAUCCAUUGGGCAACCUCCCUGUCCGAUGCUAUAUCGCAAGACCGACCCAUCGACACAAUACGCGAUUCCUUUGGUUCAUCUAAACUCACACUUGUCGCCAAAGGUUUCAUCUGCUCACUACAACACGGUCGGGUUCUCGUGCCGAUCAUCCAGACGGUGCGAUUCGCCGGACCAUUACUCGAACUCGAGAAGAGCAACGCGUCGUCCUCCGUAAGAUGGGUGUCAAACAAGUCUUCACGGAGUCGACCUUCGCCAAGUACAUCACGGCAAUCAGGGAGUCGCCUCGAGAACUCAUCUCGAACCGAAAGCUCUUGCUCACCGCAGCCCUCUAUGCCACGAGUGGCAUCCCCAUCACAUGGGAUCAAGGCUCGUCCUCAGUGGUGCCGUCGCUUCCCGGGUUUCAGAAGGACUUUGGAAUUACCUCGGCGACGAACCCAACCCAAGUCUCCAACUUCAUCUCUUUCGUUUAUAUCGGGGCUGGCAUCGGCGCCGGCCUUUCCUUCUUCCUCAAUGACCGCAUCGGACGGAUGUGGUCUUACCGUCUCUACAUGACCAUCUGGAUCAUCGGACAAAUCAUCGCGACCGUGUCGAUGGGUAAUAUCGGCGCCCUCUACUUUGCUCGCAUCGUCUCGGGCAUGGGUAUUGGUGCUCUUACAGUCACGGGACCUGUCAGCAUCGUAGAGAUCGCCCCUACCGAGAUCCGCGGUCUCCUGGCCGUUUGGUUCAGCGUUGCUAUGUUGCUGUCAUUGACUGUGUCGGUCUUCAUCGUCUAUGCCUGCUUCAUCCAUGUCGCGGUCGGAAGACUCCAGUAUCAGAUCGUCUUCUUCUCUCCAACUAUCGUUAUGGUCAUCCUCAUCGCGGCAAGUUUUUUGCUUUAUGAAAGUCCUCGCUGGCUGUUCAUUGCCAGACGGGACGACGAGGCGAUCCAAAAUCUGACGGCUCUCCGAGGGCUGCCUGUCGAUCACCCCCGCGUGGCAACCGAGAUCGAAGACAUCAAGGACCAGAUUGCCAAAGAGGAAGAGAAAUUCGGACGCAACCCUGGCUUCAUCGUGUUGGUAAAGGAUGCCUUCCUGGUCCCCUCCAACCUGCGUCGUGUGCAGCAGGCCGUUCUGUCGUACGCUCUCGCUCAACUUUCCGGAGCAAACAGCGUCACGUCUUACCUCGUUCCCAUCCUGAGCAUGCUGGGACUAGGUGGUGGUACUGCCCGUAGCUUGUUCCUCAGCGGCAUGUACAGCAUGGCCAAAUUCUUCUUCACUCUGAUUGCCAGCUUCUUCUUCAUUGAUGCCCUCGGUCGCCGUCGCAGUCUUUUCACGGGUAUCACUAUCCAGAUGAUUUCUGAUCUAUACAUUGGUGUCUUUAUCAAGUAUCGUCAGGAGGGUAAUGUUGCACCGGGAUCUAGCGAAGCCGCUAUCGCCGCUGUGUUUAUCCACGGAUUCGGAUACGCUGUCGGCCUCCUCGUCCUACCCUACGUCUUCGGUGCCGAGCUAUGGCCUAACCACCUUCGCUCCUUCGGCAGCGCCUUUGCACAGUUCUUCCACUGGCUGUUCUUCUUCGGCGUCAACAAGGGUAUGCCUUCGCUGCUCAGCCAAACUCACAACUGGGGCGCUUUCAUCUUCUUCGCGGGAUGGUGUUUCCUGUCGUUGAUCUACGUCUACUGCGUUGUCCCUGAAACAUCUCUCCAGAGCCUGGAACAACUGGACGAGCUCUUCAAGGGACCAUGGUGGAACGUCAGCCGCAGAGCCAAGCAACUGAAGCAGCAAGCCCGGGAGCAGGAGGCAAUCAUCGACGCUCAAGAGUCAGUAAGCGAUCAGAACAGUGAGCCCGAAUCUAGCAUUGAGAAGAACGGCGCGCGUGCGGUCAGCCAAAAGGUCUGAUCAGAUGCGUUGAUACAGCCCGGCUUGGAGGUACCAUCAUACCGGGCGUGAUGAAGCCAUCUUCAAAUUGCGUUUAUAGCAGGCUGCGGGCUUUUCUACAGUGACUAGAUCUUACGUUAACAGCAUUGAAUUGAUAAAGUAAUGUUUGAG